AUGCGUUGGUUACUCUUUAGUUAUGAAUUGAAUGCAAUUGUAAAACAAUGUGAUGAUUUAUUACAAAUUGUUGGUCAAGUAAUUAUUCAUAAUCAUCAUCAUGGAAAUUUAUCAUUACAAAAUAUAAAAGAAAAAAUUAAGAAACAUAAACCAGAUCGUAUUAUUGUUAUUGAUAAUGAAAGAAAUUUUGAAAAUAAUUGUACUCUUUAUGAAAUACUUACUGAUCAUCUACUUAUUCCUAUAUAUGUUGGUCAAGCAACCAUGCAUCUACAUUCUUCUAUACCUAUACUUUUAUUAACAUUUACAACUGAUAUUAAUAAUACAGAUUCAAUAUCAUCAAUUAAUGUUGUUCAAAAUGCAAAAGAUGAAUUGAUUAAUCUUUUUUCAAAUGUGAUUCAUGCAAAACUUUAUACAUCGAUUACUGAUGAAGAUUUAAAUGAAACAAUUUUAUUAAAACGUUUAAAUUCAUUAUGGAAACAUGAUCCUGAACAAGCUCAUCAUAUAACUAUUCUUUCUGAUAUUUUACCUAUUUUAUUAGCAUUAAUACAUGAUGGUAAAGCACAAGGUCAAAUAGAUGUUUGUAAUAAAGGUACAAUAUCAUUGAAUUGGUUAGAACAAUUUAUUUCUAAUCAAUCAGAAAGUGAAAUAAAUAUACCACAAAUAAUUGAUACUGAUGAUUUUAUUGAUCAAUUUGAAAAAUGGAAUAAAGAAAUGAUUUCACCUGAAACACGUCAUCUUUAUCAAGCAUCCUUUGUCGUACCAAAUGCAUCAAAAAGUAUAGGACAAUAUCUUCAACAAAAAUUAAUUAAUCGUAAUCAAAAUGCAAUAAGAAUUCUUCUUGUUACUGGUGGUUGUGGAUUUAUUGGUAGUACAUUUAUUAAUCAUUGGCUUGAAAAAUAUCCCGAAGAUAAAAUAAUUAAUAUUGAUCGACUUGAUCCAGUUUCGAAUAUAAAAAAUAUUCAAAAUUCUACAUCAUCAAAUUAUUCAUUAAUUGUUGCAGAUGUUGCUAAUAAAGAUAUUGUCUUACAUUUAAUGAAACAAUAUAAUAUUACACAUAUUUUUCAUUUUGCUGUUCAAGCUCAUCUUGAUAAUUCAUUUGGUAAUAGUAUUACAUUUACAGAAAGUAAUGUUUUUGGAACACAUUCAGUUCUUGAAGCAACUCGUAUAUAUGGUAAAAUAAUAAAAUUUAUUCAUAUUAGUACUGAUGAAGUUUAUGGUGAAACACCAGUUGGAAGUUAUCAAGAAACAAGUCUUCUUAAUCCAAUGAAUCCAUAUGCAGCAACAAUAGCUGCAGCUGAAUGUCUUGUUAAAUCUUAUGGUGAUAGUUUUAAAUUAUCUUAUUGUAUUAUACGUUUAAGUAAUGUUUAUGGACCACGACAACAUAUUGAAAAAGGUAUUCCAAUAUUUAUUAAUAGUUUAUUGAAUGAAAAAAAUUUAGUCAUUCAUGGUGAUGGAAAACAAAUAAGAAAUUAUACUUAUGUUGAUGAUGUUAUUAAUGCUAUUGAUAUUAUUUUUAAUAAAGGAAAAACAAAAAUGAUUUAUAAUAUAGGAACAAAAGAUCAAUUAAGUGUACUUGAUAUUGUUAAAAAACUUUUAAAAAAAAUUCAACCAAAUAAAAAAUUAGAAGAUAUUAUUAUAUAUGAUAAACCGAGAUCAUUUACUGAUAAACGAUAUUCAACAACAACAAGUGGAGCAGCAAAAACUCUUGGAUGGCAAGCACAAGUAUCAUUUGAUGAAGGACUUGAUAAAACUAUUCAAUGGUAUAAACAAAAUCCAAAUUAUUGGAAUAAAUAA